CUGAGACUUAAUAUACAGAAUAAACGAAAGGCAAACUCUAUUAAACCUAAAAGACACACACACAGAAGAACAAACCCGCCUCUGGCAGCGGAAAGGAGAAGGAAAGGCGCGCUUUCCCCUCAGGGCGCGGCGAGGGGGGGCGGGGGGCUCGCAACGCGCACGCGCCAGGGGUCUCUCCCGCCAAAAGGAUCACGUGCUAACACGCAAGCGGCCCUCUCGCCCCCCUUCUGACCCCGACGCAUGCGUAAAAGCUCGUCCAAGCGCUUCGGCUUGAAACCUCCUAGAGCCAGAAAAAUAGCAGAGCCACAAGGGCUCAACUUCCGGUAAAGAAACAGCUGCUGGGUCAUUUAAACAGAUGGACUCUGCAGGACCAGACGAAAAGACGCUCCGCCCCCACAGCCGUCGACGCCAAUUCCAUCUCGCUCAGGAUUUCCCGGAAGUGGGACUCGGAGGCGCGUGGUCGCCCGUGGCGGCGGGCGGGUAACAAGCUUGCCGUGUCCAUAGAGGAGCGCCACUCUACACUUUCGCAUCUCUGCAGCGCGCACGUUCUCCUUCCUGCUCUGCGAAGACAUAAACAGAAUCAGAUCUGUUCCAGAGCGGAAGUGACGAUAGAAGGCGGCGGCUUCCUAAUAAUGAGGAUUUUUGUCGUCGUUUCUAGCUGUAUAAUUCCCUCAUAGACCCAGCCGGGAUCAGCCUCUGAGGAAGGCAACGGCGCGAAACGUGAAGACCGGGACUCUCGCAGAAGAAAAGGGGCGCGGAGGGCUACAUCCCUCUUCACGAAAUAGCUCUAUGGCAUUAGCCGUGGCGCUGGUGGUGACGUAUUUCCGCUGCGCCUUGACUGAGCCAAGAUGGCGGCGGCCUUGAGUAGCCGGUGGCUGCGGAGCUGCUACGCUUUCUUCAGGUAUCUGUGGGAAGGAACCAGCUUCCUCCACUUCGCUCUGCCGCCCCCGCAGCUUUGUCUCCCCCCAGCCGCGCCUUUUGCUUCAGUUCACUUCCAUAGCGACGUCCUCCUGGGAUGAAUUCGCUCCCGGAGGUGCUGCCGCCUCCUAUAGGAGCAGCCCCUGCAGUGAAUUAGUAAAUCCUCGGUAGAUAAUUGAAGCGAAAUUUGAUCUGGACACCCAGCUAAGUACAACAGAACCCAGUUUGUAUUCACUGUAGAAAUCUCUCUUCUAACUCUUGCUAUUGUGAUUUUUAACUGCUCGUUCUGGACGUAGUUUGCCUGUAUUGUAUUGUUUUAUUUGGAUUAUUUUGCUUGUAUUACACCGUGAGCAAAUAAAGAAAUCAAUAUCUGCAUCUUCAAAGGUACAAGGUAUCUUUGAAAAUGUUUUAUAGUCUAAAUCCUGGAGGAGGUAGACUGUUUUGCAGUGACAGAUGUACAGUUGAAUUGAAUUUUAUUAUUAUGGUCACAGACCAGUUUUGGCUCACUUACAAUAUCAGGAAAAUCAUAAAACACAACAGGAAUACAUUGAUGUGUACAGUUAAGGAGUUCCUGCUCAGUUUCCUAACAGCCUGGCUCUUGAAAUGAGAGGACUGUAAGCAGGACUUGGCUGGCAGUGGACUCCAAAUAUGGUGGAUCUUUGCUGAUUUGUCCUCCAGAAUUCAUAUUGCUUAUAGCACUUGUACCUAAGAUGGAUAUGUUUUUCCCCCUAGGCACAGUUUUCCCAUCCUGGCAAAUGGUAAAGCUCGUUGCAUGUCAGGAUUGAGGGGACCAUGGAGCAAAGUGGUAGCACUGGGGUUUGGAGUAACCUUGUCUGCAAUUCCUAUUACACAGGUAACCCUCUGGGAAAUAUUUAUCGGUUACAAUGUCAGGACCCAAGGUUCAACUUAAUUUUUAAAUUCUUUGGUAGUCUCUUUUUUAAAACAAAUCAUUUCCCUUCCAUUUUGGGUUGAAUUUUUCUUCUAUUUACACCUCCAGCCUUUCUGUCCUUGUUACUCUCUUAUCUGGAACUUGCUGCCUCCUGACAUCUGUGUCUCUACUUGUUUGCAGCUGUUUAAACAGUAUGUGAAAAUGUGGCUAUUUGUCAGGUAUGGGCAGGAGCCAGAGGAACGGGAGGGGGGGCGAUGUGUGAGCCGAAGGAGGCAGGGACUGGUGGUGCAAGAGGAAAGUCAGGAAGAGGAGACAGGGCAAUGAGAGACAGAAGAGCUGCAGGAGGCCUCGGAUACUGGAGAGACCAAGGUGUUUCUAGAGACAGUUAUGGUUUUGGAAACCCCACUUUGUUGCCUCCAUGCUCAAGGAGAGGCGUGUAGUGCCUGGAACAGCUAGAGCUGCUGUUGAGGAGGAUCCGUCAGGUGUUUGAAUGCACUGCAAGUUUAAGACAGGAGGGGAUGGGGCCACACUGUAGCUCCAACUGUCCAAGACAGAGCAUGGGUCUGCUAGUCAUAGGUGCCUAGACAGCUAGUCAGCAUGAAUAUUCUUGUGAUGUAACCAAGUGCUUUGCUAAUAAAGUACUAAAAAUUCAGUUGCUCAUCCUUGUUGGUCUGGUUCAACACUGUGCUCUGCCUCCAUAGUUGGAGGCAUAAAUGCUUCUGAAUACCAGUUGCUGGAAACUACGAAAGGGGAGUGCUCUUGUGCUUGAAUCCUGUUUGCUGGUUUCCCACCUGCAUCUUGUGAGCCACUGUGAGAACAAGAUGGGCCAUUGGCCUGAACCAGCAGGCUUUUCUUAGGUUCUUAUUAUAAACAUACAGCACCUAGCUGCUAAGGUAUCAUUACUGCUUUAUUUUUUUCUCAUAUAAUUAACGGAGAAAUCACAACAUUUGGCUUUCUUUAUAUGCAGACACAAUGGAAUUAAGUGGCAGUGUGAAACAAACCAUUUGCAGUAGUCCAUUGCAAAUUGUUUUUACUGUUUUUAAUUGUAAAACUUUGUUAAUAGUGUUGUUUGGGGUGGUCUUACUUUAUUUCUUUAUAAUUAAUAAAAUAUUUAAAUAACACUAACCCUUUUUCUUAGGACAGAGUUUUGUUAUUGGACUACAACUCCUAUUAUCCCUUACCAUUGGCCAGGCAAGUUGUGGCUGAUGGGAGCUGGGAAUCAGACGACAGGUAUAGGGCCUCAGUUUCCCCAUUCCUUUUUCCCCCAUUUUUUUUUUAUUGAUUUUCCAAAAAUUCAAAACAAACAGACAAACAAACAUACAAACAUCCUGUUUAAAUCUUGGUAACAUUAUUAAGUGCUUCCUCAAAUCCCCUUGGUUGAGUUUCAUUAUAUAUCAUUUUAACAGUUUUCCAAAAUCGAUUUUCUCAAAAAAUUAACUUGAUCACUUAACAUCUUUCAUUCUUUCUAAUUUAACUUUAAACAUCUUAAAUCUUAUCCUUACAUAUUUAAAUCCUAAGCCUAACUAAUAUUUGCAAGUUUUUCCAAUUAAGUUAUCUUAACAUAUUUAGCUAAAUAGUCUUUAAAUUUCAUCCAUUCUUCCUGGUACUCCUGCUCCUUCUGUUUGCAGACUCUUCCAGUCAGGUCGGCCAGCUCUGAAAAAUCCAUCAUCUUCAUCUGCCAACAGUUUCCCCGUUCCUGUCUUACUGUUGCACAGCAAAGUUUGUAAUUUAGAAAUGCCUGAGAAAUCAGCUACCUGGCAAUGGAACCGAGCUUAAGGUGGCACCAGAGGGACACCACAGAGGGUAUUCCACAGCUGGCGAGUCACUACAGCAAAGACCCAGAGAAAUAAGGAUUCUAGUAAUGCUAGAGUGAGCCCAAUAACACUUUUGAAUGAAUUGGUUCUGUUGAGCUUUUCCACUUACUAUGGAAUAUGAAAUCUUUUUAAAGUUCCAGGCGGCUUAUCUACCUUUUAGAGUAAUUAUAACAUUAGAUGAGGUUUGUAAGGGUUCUUUCUACUCUAAAAAGUAAUAAAACUAUCUUACAAGUGAUGACUUUUUAGUGUUUUCCUAAGCACAGAAAUUAGCCUCCGUCCUCUUCCUGUUAUAAAACACUACACUUCAAGCAAUCCAAUUGAAGUGAUUGGCAGUAGAUUCAAUAUGAAUUUUCAAAAGGGCAUUAAUGCAGUGCAUAAUUCAUUUAUAAAAUUUGUUGCAAGAUAACAUUUAUGAUACAGUCAUACCUCGGUUUGCGAACGUGAUCCAUGUGGGAGGCACGUUCGCAACCCGCAGCUUAUGCGCAUGUGCCGAAACCUGGAAGUAACCCGUUCCGGUACUUCUGGGUUCGGUGCGGUCCACAACCUGAAAACGUGCAACUCACAGAGUUCGUAACCCGAGGUAUGACUGUACCUGCUAGCUUUAAAAGUGGAGGUGAAUGGAGAAUGGGUCUGUUGGUGGCUAUUAAAAGCAGUUUUCCUUCAUUUUCUGCUUGGGGGCUUUCCAGACAUACUUACUUGGUUGAGUUCUGUGAGAAACAGCCUGCUGGACAUGAUGGAUCUUUGUUGUGAUACAGCAAAAUUCUUAAUUAGAGUGACAGUGUCCUUCACAUCCACAUUCAGCUGGUAAAAACCCAGGUGUCAUUUAGUUGCCAAACUUUUAAAUGGGAGCAAGAUCUGUUAGAGCAAGUGAGAAAGAACCAUUUGUUUCCAGUAACACUGUGAAGAUUCUUGAAGAUUCUCAAAGCAUUGAGGUGCAAGAUUAUUUAGUCUACAGCAGCUAUAAAUAGAUGUGGAGCACAAUUCAAAGUGUUGGUGUUGACCUUUAAAGCCCUAAAUGGCCUUGGCCCAGUAUACCCAUUGUUCUGCCCGGACACUGAGGUCCAGCACCGAGGGCCUUCUGGCGGUUCCCUCACUGUGAGAAGCAAAACUACAGGGAACCAGGCAGAGGGCCUUCUCGGUAGUGGUGCCCACCCUGUGGAACGCCCUCCCACCAGAUGCCACCAGGGAAGUUUUUAAUGUGUGACAUUUGUUUGUUUGUUUGUCUGUUGUUGUUUUUUUGUUUUUUAACUUUUUUUAAAUUCAAAAUUAAAACAACACAUAUUAUCCAGAAACAUAUCAUCUGUAUUUUUUUCCCCAUUUUUCCUCCCUCCCCCUACCUCCCAGCUUCCCUCAGUUCCAGCCUUUGAUUUCUCUGUGAAUGCUGUUUUCUGCAUGUUACACAUUUGUAUAGAUCCUCAAACUAUUUAGCUGAUUAUCAUCAAUAAAAAAGUUUGGGAAUGUUUAUUCAAAGCCAGCCAAGGAGUCCAGUUCACUUUGUUGCAUCUUCAAAUACUUUGUAAAGGGUUCCCAUUCAUCUUUAAAGUCACAGUUAUCCUUGUCCCGUAGCUUAUAUGUCAGUUUUGCCAGUUCUGCAUAGUCCAUCAAUUUUUCUUGCCAUGAUUCUUUAGUUGGGGUUUCUUCAGUCUUCCAUCUUUGUGCUAUUAGGACUCUCACGGCUGUUGUCGCAUACAUGAAUAUGUUUUUCAGCUUUUUUGGCAGAUCUUUCCCUACAAUCCCUAACAAAAAUGCUUCAGGUUUUUAAACAAAUGUUAAAUGGAACAUUUUCUUCAAUUCAUUGUAUAUCAUUUCCCAAUUACAUUGCAAUCCCACCACAUAUGAUAAAAUGUCCCUUCCUUUUCCUUACACUUCCAACAUAUAUUUGAACUAGUUUUGUACAUUUUCCCUAACUGCACUGGUGUUGUGUACCAUCUGUACAUCAUCUUUAUGUAAUUCUCCUUCAAUAGGGAACAAUCUGUAAAUUUUAAAUCAGUUUUCCAUAAUUUCCCCCAAUCUUCCAUCAUAAUGUUGUGACCUACCUCUUGUGCCCAUUUAAUCAUGAUUGAUUUUACCUCUUCAUCUUUUGUCUCCCAUUCUAAUAAUAUGCUGUAUGCGGCCUUCAGUAAUUUCACUUUCCCUUCGAUCACUUCAGUUUGAAACCUAGAUCUUGUAUAACUGAAUCCUUUCUUGCUGUCUUCUUUAUGUGUUUCAUAUAGUUGUUGAUAAUGCAACCAACUCUGAAAGUGGUCUUUGAAUUCAUCAUAAUCUCUUAAUUUCCAUUUUCCAUCAUGGUCCUUUAAUAAAUCAACACAUGUCAUCGGCCGUGCACACCUUGAUCCUUUCAGUGCUUAAGCUGUGUGAUCGUCGCUCUGCUGUGCAAGGGAGCUAGCAGACAUGCAAGGAAGUGUUGCUGGCCCACCCUCAAAAUUUACAGUUGGAGAUCGUAAAAUCUUCAAGAUAUGGGUGGCUGAAAUAGCACCAGAUAUUUGGAACUGGUGAUGGAAAGCUUUUAGUAUUAGUUUAAAGGAUGUUGGAGGUAUAAUGCUACAGCUGCAAAUAUGCACCAUAUAAUUUUGUCUUAUCCAAAAAUUAUUAUAUUCUGUAUGGCUCUAGUUCACAAAAUAGAAGUAAUUGUGGGUUAUGUUUUCUCAAUGCAUUUUAUAGUUAUUUUAUUUGGUUAUGGAAAGGUUUUAGUUUUACCAGAAGGUAAAGAACUAACAGUUCAUCUAUUGACAGCUGCACAGAUUGCUAUUAGUUAUAACUGGGGAAAACGCAAUGCUCUGACUUCAGAUGAGUGGAGGGCUAAGGUGUGAGAUAUUGGACAUAUGAUAAAACUGACAAACUCAAAGCAAAAGAAGAAAAGCCUUGGCAAUCUGUUCAGUGAAAAGUAGAGACUUUUAAAUUAUGUAAAUAUGGGAUAAUGUCGAGCCACAUACUUUAUUAGGAAUUGCCUGAGGAUAAGUAAACAUUGUACUAGGUUUCAAUAAUUAGUUAACAGGUUUUACUCACAGUAGACCUACUGAAAUUAAUGGACAUGUGUAACUUAGGUCCAUUAAUUUAAAUGGGUUUUAUCUGAGCGAACACUGGUUUUACGAUUCCAGUUGUUUUAGGUCAUUUUCUUCUUAUAAGUAACAGGGACGCGGGUGGCGCUGUGGGUUAAACCACAGAACCUAGGGCUUGCUGAUCAUAAGGUCAGCGGUUAGAAUGCCCUCGACGGAGUGAGCUCCCGUUGCUCAGUCCCUGCUCCUGCCAUCCUAGCAGUUCGAAAGCACGUCAAAGUGCAAGUAGAUAAAUAGGUACCGCUGCAGCGGGAAGGUAAACGGCAUUUCCGUGCGAUGCUCUAGUUCGCCAGAAGCGGCUUCGUCAUGCUGGCCACAUGACCCGGAAGCUGUCUGCGGACAAACGCUGGCUCCCUCGGCCAAUAAAGUGAGAUGAGCGCCGCAACCCCAGAGUCGGUCACGACUGGACCUAAUGGUCAGGGGUCCCUUUACCUUUACCUUUAACAGAUAGUAUUAUCAUUUUGGUAUAAUUUUAUAUAUUUUGCACAUUCAUAUAUAUAUUUAUACUUUUGAUUAGUGUACUCACUGUUACGCUAAUAAAAUAUUUUUUAAAGUUAAUGACUUCUGGCUUUUUUCUUUUUUGCCGGCAGCCAUGUCAGGUUUCCAGAUUUUGAAGAGCUAUUAUUUUGAAAAGCAAGCUGACAAACGCAUAAUAUUUGUCUUUCAGAAACAUGAUCCAAGCUCACUUAGCAAUGAAGCGUUAAUCCGAAGAGCUUUAUCUUUAGUAACCGAUAGCACUGGUACCCUUCUCUCUCAAACAACAUAUGCGUUAAUUGAAGCUCUAACAGAGUAUACAACGGUAAGAUGCUCUGUCUCUGAACUUCUGAAUUCUGUAGCAUAACACAAACUUUUAGUUAGCUGGGUGCUACUGAGUAUGGGUUGUUUCCUGUUGCAGGCAGUUUACACGUUGGUGUCACUGUACCAGAAAUACACACACCUCCUUGGGAAAAUGAAUUCCAGUGAGGAGGAUGCAGUUUGGCAGGUGAUCAUUGGUGCUCGAGUAGAGGUAAGGAACCAGCAAGAAACCUGGGCUCAAUGCAUCUUUUUCAGGAACCAGUAUUCCAGCAUUGAUAUUCUGGAUAUGGACCCCAAAGGCCUGAUUUCAAAUUCCUUACUCCAUUCUCACUUGAAACACAGCUUUUAAAAAAAAAAGGAAAAAAGAAAAAAAAAAGCAGGCUUAACAGUGAUCGGAUAUACAGCUGUAAGUUCAAAUGAGAGUGGUUGUAAACGAAUUGUGCCAAAUCAGAAGUUUGCUUUUAUUUAACCUAACCUGCUUAUAAAAUGUUUAUUUUUUGGUGGAAUAAACAAGUUCAGAUGCUGUUUCUCAUUGUAGCUUUUGUCUUUAGAUGACUGCGAAGCAGCAGGAGUACCUGAAGUUAGAAUCCAGGUGGAUGACUGCAUUGCGCCUUUCAGAGAUGGCAGCAGAAGCAGCGUAUCAGUCUGGUAUUAUUCACUGAAGCAUAUCCCCAUCACUGAAUAGCUCCCCACUGUUGUCCUUUCCAAGGCAUUUGCAUCUUAGGACAAGUUGUAUUCACUUGAAUUGUCUCUCAAACACUUUGGUCCAGAAGAGUGUUCAUGUAGGGGUGUUCCCACACCUGAUUUUGGAGUUUGGGUUGUACCAUAGAGGCCCCCCCCCCCCGCCUUCCAAAAGCUUUUUGGAGAUGUUAAAAGAAAAUAGCACAACAUGCAUAUAUGUGUUUCAUCAAAUGCAGACCAUGUUUGGAGAGACCUUUUUAAACUAGCCUCAGAAUUUGUUGUCCUGUGAUGUGGUGAAAGAAAAUAAUGGAAGGAAUUUUGCAAUACGGGUGCAAGGAAAGUCUGCAUCUGCAACCAUGUAUGUCUGCACGUUGUUGUCAUAUGACAGCCAUGUCUUAAUGUGAAUGACAUGUGCCCAUCCAUGAACACCCUUGGAUGUGUGCCUGGACCCAAGUCCAAUCACUGUUGUGGUGUAAAACUGCUGAUUUUAACAUUACUUUUUCAGGAGCUGAUCAAGCAUCCGUUUCAACACAUAACCACAUUCAGCUGGUGAAAACCCAAGUGCAAGAGGUGCGGCAGCUGUCGCAGAAAGCAGAGACUAAGCUGGCGGAAGUUCAAACUGAGGAGCUCAUGAAACUGACAGAAGAGCCACCGUUGCUGCCAGCCGGUCGACAAGCCAGCGUGGAGGAAACCGAUGAAGAAGCCUACCUGCGUGAAGACUGAAGUGUUGCUAGCCUUGAGGAUUUUGCCCCCAACUUUGAUGGGGGAAGGAGGUGCUAAGUUGAAAUACCAACCUUGUUAGCUGCAGGUCUUGGACAUUGGAAGUUGUGUUUCUGAUUUGUGGGAAAGUGUUUCUAUUUAAAUCAACUAUGCAAAUGUGAAAGUAGCCAGCUGAGGGGUCCUUUCUUGGCUGUGGAGAUCUAUUGUUAGAAUGGCUAAUGAAGAUGAUUCAGUAACAGGUCCUCAAACUCUCAAAAGCCUGGAGCUAAUUGUACCUUCAAUUUCAAAAGUGUUGGGUUUUUUCCUUUGAAAAUAUUUACUUGGGUUGUAAAGGAAAUGAAGUCAUGCUAACUAUUAUUGCACCUGAAAUUUCACAAGUAAGUUGCCAGAAAGUCAGUUUAAAAGAUAAAUGUCACUUGUGUGUGUAUAUGCUCCCCCCUAAUUAUGUGAACUUUAGCAACCUCUUUUUAAAAAUAAAAGUUAGCAGGACUUCUUUUAACUGUAGCUAAAGGCAGAUUCUUAAUAGUGGACUGUGCAGACAAUUGUCCCAAUAUGGCACAGGUGAUCUACAUGCUAGCACACAGUAGCUGAAGUCACACAAGGGUGUCUCAUUACAUAACCACAACCAACAACAGCAAUAAUUUAAUCACUCAAUUCAGAUAGCUGCACCCAGCAGUGGGAAUAAUCUGUUGUCCUAACAUUAUGGAGUAAAAAAUUCAAAAGGUGAUGGGGAGAAUAGGUUGUGCAGCAUCUAUCACACUACUAAAAGGCACCUUUUGAGACCAGUGAUUAAAAUUUUCAGUGCAAUCUUGCACAUUCAAUAUGACUUACUCAUAAGUGCAUUUAAUCUAACUCCAACAAAACUGCGUUUCAAAUCAAAUAUACCUCUGUAUAGCUUAGAGCUUAUAAGAUAUAGAGGUGGGUUUUAUCUUGCUCAAACACAAAGUGAAGAGAACCCUUUGGAAUGCUAUGUGAGCCAGGUAAUGCCAAAAGUGAAGAAAGAAAGGCGGGCUAGGCUUUUUUGUAAAGGCAAAUCACUUCCAGUGGUCAGAUGGAACUGUUGCACACAAACAUUCACUUCUCACUGCUGCACGCAUCAUGGCUCGAUAGACACACCACAAGUAUCCUUUCAUCUCCUUUUUCAUACCACCAUAAUUGAAUGCCCCUUGCUAUCAAUUACAGCCCUGCAUGAACACACUAAUUGUAAAAAUAAUAACACAUCUAUGCCUCCCCAAGAAAGACACCGUUCUCAUAGAUUGCAAACUAAAUUUAAUGUUCUCUUCUCCACCCACCAGCUCCCAACUUUAGGGAAGCAUAAAUCAGAUUGCAUCAGAAAAGAAAGUAGUCACAGUUCUUUUUUAAAAUACAGGACCCCUGACCAUUAGCUCCAGUCGUGACCGACUCUGGGGUUGCGGUGCUCAUCUCGCUUUAUUGACCGAGGGAGCCGGCGUACAGCUUCCGGGUCACAGGAAAGGUAUGCUAAAAGGAACAGCCGAGACGUGGGCCUUGUCAGCAAUGAUUUGGAUUUCUGCUGUUUGACAAUGCAUGAUGCUUUUUUGGAGACAACAAGGCAGUCCAUCAAAACAAAAACUGCAGCAUGGAAGGCCCAGAGAUUUUCAGGACAGGGGAAUGCAAAAGAUGCAGCUUGAGAAAAUGUAAGAAGGGGAGAAUCCAACUUGACAUUGCAUAAUAAUAAUUUUUAAAAAUCUAUACAGAAAUUUGAACAACAAUAAUAAUAUGAAAAGAUGUGUCUAUGUGUGCUUGUAAUGCACAUCACCCUUACAACUAAGCCCAGGAAAGUUACCUGCCCAUUAACAUCUUUACUAGCCUGUUCACUUACCCUGUUUAUGUAAAUUUAUGGAGCUGACAAGACUAAAAAAUGGGUGAUGGGGAGAAGAGAAAAAACACGGUUUUCCAAUUUAUUAACCCCCCCCCCCCACUAGCUGGUCACCUGGAGACACUUCACACAUGCAGGUGAUCAGCUGCAUUGCCCAUUUUCUGUUCCCCGUCUCCCUGCAAUCUUUAAUUUUAAAUGCUGCAUAGACAUUUCUUCUAUCCAUUAUUCUCAGUUGUUGCAUGGGAGUUUAACCCCUAUUCUUCCAAAUAAUUCAGCAUUGGUGUGAAAGGGAAGGAAACAAAGCAAGCCAGGGUUAUUUGCAGUUCCACCCCCAACACACAGUACUUUUCCUGCCCAAAUUCCAGUGAGAAAAAUGACUACUGAAACAUGAAAACCAUGAAGACAUGUUAUGGCUCUUGGUUAGGCAUGAAUAUAUUGUGCAACAUGUAUUUCGUUACAGCACAGUGACUUACCCCUUAGGUUAAUACAGAGGUUACCGUAAAAGACGAUUCGGGGUUUCUAUCUGUCCAGCUCUCCAGGCCUAGUGAAGCACACUGCACCUGCCUUCCUCCAGAUGCUUAACUACAGCCCCAUCUUCCUUGACCCCUGUCUACUGCUAAUGAAGUGCAAACAUCUGGAGGGCCCUCAAAUUGGGAAGAGAAGCACCUGAGUUUGGAGAACAGCCCAAAAUACCCCUGGACGUUACGCCAAGGCCAAGGUGGCUUGCUACUGUAGGAGACGCCAGUGGUCUAGAGACACUACACAUUUUAACAAGUUUAGCUGUUGUGGGUCCUCUCUCCCUGAGAAUUAUGGGAUUUGUACUUUUACAAGCUCAUACCUCGUCUGGAAGCCAUGAAAAUGAUUAAACAUGUUUUAAACUGAUC